UUUGAUAAAGAAGAACACAACUCCCGUCGCGGAUACGCUCCGGGCGCUCCGGUGGUUGGUCUAGUUGUCUGUUCUAUCCGUCCGCCGGUCGACCAUUAAUGACCGUUAAUUGCUGGAAGUUUUUAAUCGUAUAGAAAUUGAAGAAAUUUUUGCGAAGCGAAGGAAAUUGUGCGAAAAUCGGCGAUGCGGUGAUUUUCGGUGGACGGGCGAUGGCUGGACGGAUGUCCGGCGAGGAAUGCGAGACAGGUCCGAGAAAUGCCGAUAAUUUGCCGCGUCAGGUCACGUCAACGUCAACGUCCGUAUCGACGAGUAACGACGUGGCCAAGGAAAGACCACCUAUAGAGGAGCGACUGGCGGCAAAAAUGUUGUCCUACGAAAGUGUCUGCUUUAUUCUGGCACUCAGUUUUACCGCCUUGGCUGCUCUACACAGCUCACCUCCAAAAAUUUCCAAGCCUCCAGCGGCGAGACCAUUCUUCGAUCAGGGUUCCCUAGUGCUGGACUUCUACAAGGGUCAUUUGAACGCGAUGAUCGAUAGGAUAACGCAGGCUGAUUUCAGCUUCGUCAUGUAUUACGCGCCCUGGGACGCCGAGAGCCAAACCCUUCGCCAAGAAUUCGAGAACGUAGCUCGAUUUUAUCAUUCUCAAGUAUUCUUCGCAGCUAUCAAUUGUUGGCAUCCCGAUUCGGAGUGCAGAGCCGUGUACAAUAAAAUUCACAGUUAUCCGAUAUUAAUGCUGUAUCCAUCCAGAGACUCCGGUAUCGACUACAGAGGAAUUCGCACGGCGCCGUACAUGAUACGUUUUCUCGACUCGCUUAUAAAUCCCAUUGUCAGAAUAACAUACAAGGAAGAAUUGAGGGAAUUGUUGAUCGCUCACGAUGAGAAGACUUUUGUCGAUAACUUACAGGCAGUGGUUGUAGGAUAUUUCAAUUUUACACGAUUAAAUAGAACACCCGGAUACAGGGAGUUCUACAGAACCGCGAUUAGAUCGCUUGAAAAAGAUCCGAACAGAGAACUGGCAUUCGCCAUAGUGACCAGCGCGUCGUCCAGCGAAUUGCAUCACGGAGUUUACAGAUUUCCAUCGGCGAGAUUGCUCAUGUGGAAUGAAUCUUUGACUUAUCCGGAAGACAAGGAGUGGACUUCCGAAAAUAUUCUGAAUUGGAUCAGCGGUUCUAUUCAUCAGCCGUCCAUGUGGCUACAGCCUCCUGGCGUCAAAGCGUUUACGCUCGCGCCGUAUCUGCGCGACGGGCCGGUGUUGUUUCUCUUCACGCCACGAAAUCCUUUUCACACGGAGAACUAUAUUUACAAUCUGGUGCGUGUCCGAAAUAUUAGAGAAAUUGGCUUACAAUAUUAUAACUGUGUGGAUAAUAUGUUAGGGAAGGACAUACUAACGGGUCUAGAAGCGAAUCGACGUACAGCCACGAUUCGUCACUUGUUUAAGAAUCAGGAAUGCGCGAAUCUACUGAAAGAGACCAGAGCCAACACUGGGCAAGUGAAGGAAAUGGUCGCCAGUAUAGCGAUUCAGCAAUGGAUCAACGACAGUUGUUGCGCGAAUGUGGCAAUGAACAAAUGUUCCUUGUGCAACGUAAAGACAAUGAACAGAUUUGAAAAGGAGAUUUGCUUGGCUGGUGACAAAGAGUUCGCCGGUGUUUGCAGAGACACCGAUGUGUUUACAAGUUCCGUCAGGAGUAAACAGCACGAAAGACGAAUGUCCAAUUAUUAUUAUAAUAAAAAUUAUAUAACGAUAAGAGUACAAAAGGAAUCGGAAUUGAAGAGGUUGCAUACCGGUACCGAGUACAAAAUGUUGUUGUGGAAAAAAGAAGACACGAGAUCCGCGAGCACGGUGAGGAGAAACUUUUUGAAGGAACGUUGCAGAAAAUGGUUAGCCGGAAAUGACUACCAUCAGCCGUUGUUCCCGCGGGACUCGCCGGCCCGGUUCAAUAACAGUCUGAAAGACUCCGUUUGCAAGACCAACAAAACGCUGGCUCUGAUAGCUAUCGACAGUUUGCAUUACUUUCACUUCGCUCAACAUCUCGGGAUUGACACAACAAAGUGGAAGAACAAAACCGCUGUUGUAAUUUUGGACUCGGCGCUGGAGAGUCAAUAUGUCAUGCAUCACGAUUUCAGCGAGGACGCUCUCGUUAAUUUCGUGAACCAAUACACGCAAGGUCUGCUGGAACGAACAUUGCGUUCGGAAAAUUUGCAACAGAACAAAACGCAAAAAUCGUCCAAUCGGAGCAAUAACGUGACUUCGCGUUCGCAGAUUCGUGUUAGGGAGCUAACGACCGAGACAUUUUUGGAUACGAUCUUAGAUCCGUCCAAGGACGUUGUAGUGAUGUAUCAUUCCCCUUACUGCGGAUUUUGCAGUGCUAUAUCGUACGUGUAUUUAACAGUGGCGCAUUACUUGUCCAAUAUGGAUCAUCUAAUUUUCGUGAGAGUGAACGGAGACAACAACGAUUUGCCAUGGGAGUACACCAUGAAUCGCUUUCCGUCGAUUUUAUUCUUUCCUGCGAAGAGAAAGGAGGACAGCACCGUAUUCCCGUUUUCCGUUCCCAUAACUAUUCCGAACUUGCUCAACUUCGUGUUGGCGAAUUUGGACGGCGAUUCUCACGUCGAAGCUCUGACCAAUGUCUGCCAGUCGGGAACUGGCGAGGCGCCGGACAAAUGUAUCGCUAGAAUUCGAUGGCUGUGCCUAGAUAUAAUCGAGCAACUUUUGCGGGAUUACAGAAAACUACGACGGCAUUUAAAUCACUUGGACAAGGACAUUGCGCGAAACAGACGGAAAAUUAUUUUCUUUAAACUGGAGCACAUCAGGGAUAUUCACUUCAUUCUGAGUUCUACCGUUGAUCUCGGCAAAGAUCGUAAGAAGGCGCAACUAAUUAGAAAAAAAUUUCGUAACUAUUACGAGGUUCUUAGGUUGUUGGAAACGGGCGCCAGAACGACGAAAGAACGUCGUUACGAGAGCGCUGUGCCAAUUACUAAAUGAAGAGAUUCGCUCUCUGAAGAAGCGAAUUGUGAUAUAGAAUUCCGCCUUACAAAUGUUGAUAUACGUCUACGAAUAGUAACACAUAUUUUGAGAUAUCUCACAAUGUUUUUUUUUUUUUUUUUUUUUGUGCGUUUUUUUAUUAGUAUAAAUCUCAAUGCCAAAUUGAAUAAAAGAAGAAGUAAAUUGUUCGCACUCUUGGCUUGCUCCUUUGAUGAUUGAACAAAAAGCAAAACAGAGUAAGUUGAUCAUUUAAACUUAAUGAUAUUGUUGUGCUAGUCUAUAUUCAAUAAAAUGUUUAAAUAAA